GCCCGAUACAGUGACAGUCUGAUGGAAGCACACCCGCUUAGCCGACAAAAAACAGCUCCGCGCGUUGCUGCUGCCGCCCGAUGAUCCGACGACUGAGCCGCCGCCUACUGCCGGCCUUCUCCCACGGCACACUCCCGCCCCGGCGCGACCUCGCGGCCAACGCGGCGCUGCAGUGGCUCGAGGACGAGCUCACCUCGCUCACCCUCCCGGGGCCCGGGCCCGGGGUCGACUCGCACGCGUGCGCCAAGCUCCUUCAAGCCUGCAUCGCGCGCGGCGACGCCCGCGGCGGCCGCGCAGUGCACGGGCACGUCGUGCGGAGCGGCGGCCUGGCGCGGCUCGACCUCUUCUGCGCCAACGUCCUGCUCAACAUGUACGCCAAGGUCGGGCCAUUCGCCAGCGCGCACAGGGUGUUCGACGCAUUGCCGGAGCGGAACAUGGUGUCUUUCGUCACGCUGGUCCAGGGCUACGCGCUGCGUGGGGAGUUCGACGCGGCGGUGGCGCUGUUCCGGAGGCUCCGGCUGGAGGGGCACGAGGUGAACCAGUUCGUGCUCACCACGGUGCUCAAGCUGGUUGUCGCCAUGGACGCCCUGGGGCUCGCCUGGGGCGUGCACGCCUGCGCGUGCAAGCUGGGCCACGACCGGAACGCCUUUGUCGGGUCGGCGCUGAUCGAUGCCUACUCCAUGUGCGGGGUUGUCGGGGAUGCAAGGCGCCUGUUUGAUGGGAUCGUCGGUAAGGAUGCUGUUGCUUGGACUGCUAUGGUCUCUUGCUAUACCGAGAAUAACUGCCCAAAGAACACGCUUCAGAUUUUCCGGGAGAUGAGGAUGGCGGUUCCUAAGCUGAACCCUUUUGCGCUCACCAGUGUGCUCAAGGCUGCCGUUUGCUUGUCGUCGGUUGUGUUAGGCAAGGGUAUCCACGCCUGUUCAGUAAAAACACUUUAUGAUGCCGAUCCUCAUGUUUCCGGUGCGUUGCAUGAUAUGUAUGCCAAAUGUGGGAACAUUGAGGAUGCCCGCUUAGCUUUCGAGAUGGUUCCCUAUGAUGAUGUGAUACUUUGGAGUUUUAUGAUAUCCCUGUACGCGCAGAGCAAUCAGAACGAGCAGGCCUUCGAGCUGUUCAUCAGAAUGAUGAGGUCUUCUGUGGUGCCCAACGAAUAUAGUCUAUCUAGUGUUCUGCAAGCUUGUGCUAAUAUGCCCCUCUUGGAUCUAGGCCAGCAAAUUCAUAACAAUGCUAUAAAGAUUGGUCACGAGUCCGAGUUAUUCGUUGGAAAUGCACUGAUGGAUCUCUAUGCCAAGUGCAGCGAUAUGGAGAGCUCACUCAAGAUCUUCUCGUUAUUGCGAGAUGCCAACGAGGUGAGCUGGAACACAAUCAUUGUUGGUUACAGCCAGUCUGGUUUUGGAGAAGAUGCUUUGUGUGUAUUUCGUGAGAUGCGUGCUGAUUGGGUUCCUUCGACUCAAGUUACAUACUCAAGCAUGCUCCGGGCUUGUGCGAGCACAGCAUCCAUCAAUCAUGUUGGUCAGGUUCACUGUUUGAUCGAGAAAUCUACAUUCAACAGUGACACCGUUGUAAGCAAUUCACUUAUUGACUCAUAUGCAAAGUGUGGAUACAUCAGGGAUGCUCGGAGGAUAUUUGAAACUCUGAAAGAACCCGAUUUAAUUUCAUGGAAUGCCAUAAUCUCAGGAUAUGCUGUACAUGGACAUGCUGCAGAUGCCCGAGAACUUUUUGACAGGAUGAAUCAGAGCAGUAUUAGAGCUAAUGAUAUCACGUUUGUUGCUCUCCUGUCUGUCUACGGCAGCACGGGUUUAGUGAGUCAAGGACUCUCCCUGUUUGAUUCUAUGAAGCUUGAUCAUGGCAUCAAACCGUCCACGGAGCAUUACACUUGCAUUGUUAGGCUUCUAGGACGUGCUGGCCGUCUGCAUGAUGCUCUAAACUUUAUUACGGAUAUCCCUUCAGCACCAUCUGCUAUGGUUUGGCGUGCAUUGCUUAGCUCCUGUAUAGUUCAUAAAAAUGUGCAUCUGGGGAGAUUUUCUGCAGAGAAGGUACUUGAGAUUGAACCACAUGACGAGACGACUUAUGUCUUGCUAUCAAAUAUGUAUUCUGCUGCUGGAAGUUUGGAUGAAGUUGCUCUUUUGAGGAAAUCAAUGAGGAAUAUAGGUGUAAGGAAGGAGACUGGUCUUAGUUGGGUUGAGAUCAAGGGUGAAGUUCAUGCCUUUUCAGUGGGGUCAGAAGACCAUCCUGAUAUGCGAGUGAUACAUGCUAUGCUAGAAUGGCUAAACCUGAAAGCCACUAGGGAAGGUUAUGUUCCUGAUACUAAUGUAGUGUUGCAUUAUGUAGAUGAGGAACAAAAGGCUCGCAUGCUGUGGGUACAUAGUGAGAGAUUGGCUUUAGCAUAUGGGCUUGUGAUGACACCUCCUGGACAUCCGAUUCGGAUAAUGAAGAAUUUGCGUUCCUGCUUGGAUUGCCAUGCCAUAUUUAAGGUGAUAUCCAAAAUAGCAAAACAAGAAAUCAUUGUGAGGGACAUCAACCGCUUUCAUCAUUUUAAGGAGGGAACAUGCUCCUGUGGUGACUACUGGUGAUGCUCCAUACUUCCAUUGUCCGUUCAUGUGUUGAAGGCAGUUCUUCAUGGAUUCACACCAUCUUCUGUAUACCGGAUUGCUGGACAAAAUGAUUAUGGUCAUGAUUGACCUACAAAGGCACCCUUUGUCCCUCCGAAUCAUGUAGCAGGUUGGCAUCAAUCAGUAAUUAUUUUGCAAAAAAAGGGUUUUCUUGAUCUGGACUGAAUGAAGCUUGGCACUGGCAGGCAUAGAUUGGCCAGAUUAUUUGUUUCGCAAGUUUACUGAUGAUGGCAAGUAUCUUGUGGCUUUUCCAAGAUCUGAUUGUGUACCAACCCAUCUGGUUGCCAUUUUCAUGCAAUGAAGGAUGUGAUUCUCAUGAUCUUCCGGCCAAAGCAAAGAGAUUUGCCAGUUUCCGUAAGCAGCUCUACACAAUCUCACUUGCAUCCAGCAAUGAGUACAUUUGUAAGGACUCUUUCCUUUACGUCAAGUGCACAAAGUAUUGAAUUCAAGUGACAAUGAGGAUGCAAUUCAGAGCGUACAUCAGUUGAGAAAAUAACUUUCUAGAUUGUGAGGUACAGCUAUCAAUGUAUCAUGUUAUGGGAGAAAUGCAGGUUAGAAGAUGGUGCGAUACUAGACAAAAAAAGCUUCAUGCGACGAUUUGAUCAAUCUAGCUCGUAGCAUAGGUGCUUACCUGUAUCAGGAUCUGGUUUGCAUUCUCUCUUCGGUAGCACACUUACAUGUCCUACAGAUCCGAGGUUCUGGCAGGAAAAAGACAAACUAUUUCUUCAUUCUCAUGGCCAGGCUGCGCACGGGAGUUAUUUUCUUCCUGACAUCAAGCAAUGGUUGGUAUCAUUUGAACCGCACCCCUGGCUGGUCAAUGAAAAUGGUAUUUGGACCACGAAGCCUUUAGGCCAUUGCUGUCUGUAACUUUGUCCGCAUGAGUAUGAUCUCUUUUCGCUCGUAACCAAGGGUCUGGCUGGUUCCUCCGGGUUGUCCCCUCUUUGGAGACUGUGUAGUUCCUCUUCACGUGGGCGUUGUUUUUUUUUUCUCUGUUGGCUUGUCUGCAGUAGCCCAAACUUCUUGACAACCUCCAUGGUUCAGACUUCAGACGAUGUGCCCCCGCUUGUACAGACUCUUCUUUCUUCUAAUUCAU